CAAAAGCAUCUUCUGUAGAAGAACACCUGCACGAAAGAAAUCAUUAACCAUAUCCAAUCCGAGUGCCGGUAUUCAAGAACAAAGUUGACCCCAACAGGAGAGAAACAUUACGCAUAACGCAGAGAAUUCAAGUUGUUGAAAACUCGAAAAGCGAAGCUAGUAACAUCACAAAUAAUUGGAACGAUGGCUGACUCCAAGACUCUUUUCAUCUUAUCGGAGAGUGCGGCGGGUUACGCACUCUUCGAAGUAGUUGCUUUUGAAGAAAUUGGUAGCUUGCUCGAAGGGAGCAUGGAUACCGUUACCGAUAUCAAACGGUUCGGUCGAGCACUAAAGCUCAAGGCCUUCCUGCCAUUCGAAACGGCGCAACAGGCACUUGAAAACGCCAACGCCAUUUCGGAACACGCCAUGACGGAGGCACUCAAUGAUUUUUUGGAAAUGAAUCUCCCCAAAAAAUCUAAGAAAUAUUCUUUGGGAGUCAUUGACCCCGCCCUCGCCACCGCCAUCUCGGAAGGACUGGGAGGGAUUUCUUGCCGCAGUGAUGAUACAGUGCGUGAAAUCUUGAGAGGAUGCCGCAUGCACCUGAAUACGUUCGUCAAGGGAUUGGAAGGCGGAGCCGCCGAAAAAGCACAGCUCGGUUUGGGUCACUCGUACUCCCGUUCCAAGGUCAAAUUCAAUCCUGCCCGUUCCGAUAACAUGAUCAUCCAGUCUAUUGCUCUGUUGGAUCAAAUGGAUAAGGAUCUGAACACAUUUGCUAUGAGAGUCCGUGAGUGGUAUUCUUGGCACUUCCCCGAGCUCAAAGAAGUCGUCAAAGACAAUAUCAUGUUCGCUCGAGCGGCUGCCUAUAUCCAGGACAAGUCGACCAUUUGUGGUGGAAAAUCUGACGAAAGCGAAAAGGAAGACAAGAUGCCCGGUCUGAUCGAAAUUUUGGGCGACGAAGACACAGCAAAGGCUGUCCAGGCGGCCGCUAAAACCAGCAUGGGAAUGGAAUGUUCGGCCAUCGAUAUGGUAAACAUUAUUAAUUUCACCCAGCGAAUGGUAAAGCUGGCAGAAUUCCGAAAGAAUCUCUCCAAUUACCUUACAGAAAAGAUGGGCAUUGUUGCACCAAACCUCAGUGCGCUGAUCGGAGACACCGUCGCAGCACGACUAAUUAGCAAGGUGAGUAGUCUUUGGCCUUCAGAUCAAAGAAUGCCGCGGUGAUGAUGUUUUUUGUCACCACCAAACACCAACGCAUUAUUUCUCAUCGCAUGUUCUGUUGUCUCGUCUUGAUGAAUCUUGUAGGCCGGUUCGCUGACGAAUCUGGCCAAGGCCCCUGCUUCGACGGUGCAAAUCCUGGGUGCCGAAAAGGCUCUCUUCCGGGCUCUCAAGACCAAGGGAAACACCCCGAAAUACGGCCUGAUCUAUCACUCCACGUUCAUUGGCCGUGCCGACGCCAAAAACAAGGGACGGAUAUCCCGGUACCUGGCCAACAAGUGCUCCAUCGCCACGCGCAUCGAUUCCUUUUCGGACGAGCCCAACCGCCUCUACGGUGAAAAGCUGCGGGACCAGGUGGAGGAGCGCCUCAAAUUCUACGAGACGGGCGCCGCACCCCGCCGCAACAUCGAUGUUAUGCAGGAGGUGGCCAAGCAGCUAAAGGUAGACGGCGACAGCGACGAAGAGAUGGAAGAGGUCAAGACCCCCAGCAAGAAGGACAAGAAAAAGAAGGGCAAGAAACGCAAAUCUAUGGAUGGCGACAGCGACGAAGAAAUGGUGACGCCGAAAAAGUCGGAGAAGAAAGCAAAGAAAGAGAAAAAAUCCGCCAAGAAGGAAAAGAAAUCGGAGAAGAAGAAACGAAAGAGCAUGAGCUAAACCGACGGAGCGGUUAUCAAGGGAUUUGGCAUACUAUCAUUAUUUUAUCACUACUACAAUUCAACAGCACACAAUUAUUUUAUCAUUUCA